AAUUCCACAUGAUGCACAUACCGAAAGUUUUGACACAUCAGAUGAAACUCUGAAACCAAAUAUGAGACUUCUAACGCAUGCCCAGGUCUAUAGCAUACUGAAAGAAAUUGAUUCAGGGAUUCUCGAGGCAACCUUCAAGAGGAAAAAUUCAAUGUUCGUGAAUUGUUUACCUUUGACUCCUAAUUGUCACCGAGUAAUGGAAUCUCAAUCUGGCGAUAUGCAAGUUGAUGAAAGCAGUAGGCUUUAUAAAAAGCUGAUUGACUUCAAAGGUACAGCCAAUGACUUAAGCGUUCGUGUUCUUGACUGCACCAAAAUAACAAAGCUACGUGUUGAGAAGAGGCCAUCGGUUAAUGAAUCUAGUAGGGCAUCUGGAUCUGGUCUGAAGUUUGUGAAAGAACUUAUUAUUGGAAAGAGAACUGACCAUGCCUUUCGCAUGGUGGUUGUUGGUGAUCCGAAGAUAAAUCUGUGGGACAUUGGUAUUCCGCGCUGUGUUGCUGAGAGCCUCCAGAUAGGGGAACGGUUGAAUUGUUGGAACUCGGGAAAAUUAUCUGAGGUUUGCCAUCUAGUUAUUCUUCAAAAUGGAAGUAUCCCUGUUCGGAGAAAUGGUGGGCCGGUUCGUAUCAAAGCAUCGGAAAAGUUGCGAAUAGGGGAUGUUGUUUACAGACCUCUUGUUGAUGGAGAUAUCGUGUUAAUAAACAGACCUCCUUCUAUUCAUCAACACUCUCUUAUUGCUCUGUUUGUCAAAAUACUUCCCGUCGAUUCAGUUGUUUCUGUAAAUCCCCUGAUUUGCGACCCUCUUCGUGGGGACUUUGACGGUGAUUGCCUUCACGGUUUUGUUCCUCAAUCGAUUGAUUCUAGUGUGGAGCUUAGGGAGCUUGUUGGUUUGAAGAAGCAAUUGACCGAUGGACAAAGCGGCCUGAACCUUUUAGCACUAAGCCAUGAUAGCUUGACUGCUGCUCAUUUAAUAAUGGAGGAUGGGGUUUUCUUAAACCGUUUUCAAAUGCAGCAACUACAAAUGCUUUGUCCUCUUCAACUGCAGUUCCCAAAUAUCAUCAAACGAAUGCCAGUAGGUUCUUUUUCGUGGACUGGCAAAGAGUUAUUUAGUAUGCUUUUGCCUUCAGAUUUCGAUUAUGAUUUUCCAUCUAAUGGUGUGCGUAUUAGCCAAGGUGAAAUUAUAUCUUCUAGUGGGUCUUCUUGGCUCGGUAGAACCGAUGGAAAUCUUUUUGACAGUCUCGUUAAACGUUAUGGAGAGGAAGCACUUCAGUUCCUUAAUACUGCACAGGACGUUCUCUGCGAGUGGUUGUCGAUGAGGGGUUUAAGUGUUUCGUUAUCCGAUAUUUAUCUUUCCGAUCCAGACACCCGUAAGAAUAUGCUUGACGAUAUCUCUUGUGGUUUACAAGAAGUGGAGAGGCUUUCCCAUAUUUCACAGCUAAUGGAGGAUUAUUAUCGAGAUUUUCUUGUUGAGUGUUCUGAAGGGAACGAAAAUUGUAUUAAUUUUGAAGUUGAGCAGCAGAAAUCAGUUGCACGUAGCCAAGCUUCCAUAUUUGCUUCCAAGCGAGAAUUUCGGAACAUCCAAUCCCUCUUUUAUAAUUAUGCGAGCAAGGAGAAUUCAUUGCUGGCUAUGUUAAAGGCCGGGAGCAAGGGUAACCUGCUAAAAGCAGUGCAGCAUAGCAUGUGUCUCGGUUUGCAGCAUGCUUCGGUUCUAUUGUCAUUUGAAAUCCCGUAUAAUCUUUCUUGCGUUGCAAGGAAUGGCGAUAAAUUCCGUCCUCGUAAUAUUCCAGAGUAUUCUGGCUCUUACAUCCCGUGUGCUGUUGUAAAAAAUUCUUUUCUUGCGGGUUUAAAUCCUUUGGAGUGUUUUGUGCAUUCGUUAACAACUAGGGAAAGUUCUUUUGGUGGGCAUGCUGAUGUUUCUGGAACUUUGACUCGUACCCUUAUGUUUUUCAUGCGGGAUCUAUAUACUGGAUAUGAUGGAACGGUGAGAAAUGCAUAUGGGAAUCACGUUGUUCAGUUCUCUUACCACACCGAAGACCCCGAUCAUGCCCAAGAAGACCAUCCUUUUUCACCUAAUAUUAUGGCGGGUCAUCCUGUCGGUUCCUUGGCAGCAUGUGCUAUUUCUGAAGCUGCUUACAGUGCUUUGGAUCAGCCUAUCAGCACACUUGAGCCAUCGCCUUUGCUUAACCUAAAGAAAGUGCUGGAAUCGGGAGUGCAAAAACGUAGCGGAGGUAAAACUGCUUCACUGUUCUUGUCUCGAAAACUCCGAAGAUGGGCUUAUGGAUUUGAAUAUGGAGCGUUAGGAGUGAAAAGUCAUUUGGAAAGGGUCCUAUUUUCAGACAUUGUUUCUACAGUAAUGAUCUGGUUUUCCCCGGAGAAAUGCAGAGACAAGCGCAGUAGUCCAUGGAUUUGUCAUUUUCAUGUGAACAAGGAAAUCGCAAAGAAGAGAGGCUUAAAGUUGCAAUCCAUUACCAAUGCUCUUAACCGGCAUUACAAAGCCGCUAAAGUAAAACCAAAUAGUCAACUUCCAAGUCUGCAGAUUAUGUGCGAGGAUUGUUAUCUUGCUGGCUUGCCGAAAGAAGAUACAAAAUUUUGCAUUACAGCUUCGAUUGUCGGAGUUUCAAAACGUCCUGCUCCAGAUUGUGAUAUCCUUCGUGAUGUUGUGAUGCCAUUCCUACUUGGAACAGUCGUUAAAGGAUUUCCUGCAUUCAAGAAGGUUGAUAUCUUAUGGAAGGACGGUUCCGUUGCAUCACAAUCGUCGAAAAGAUCUUCUGGAGAACUUUAUUUGCGGGUUUUCAUGUCCGAGAACUGUGCGAGGGCUAAGUUUUGGAGUGAACUCGUGGAUAGCUGCCUUCAAAUAAUGGAAAUGAUUGAUUGGGAACGCAGCCAUCCAGAUGAUAUUCAUGAUAUAUCUGGGGCUUAUGGAAUAGACGUUGCGUGGAUAUCAUUUCUGAGCGGUCUAAGUUCUACAAUAUCUGAAAUUGGCAAGAAGAUCGUUCCCGAACACUUAGUCCUCACCGCAGAUUAUCUGUCAUCAACAGGAGAAUUCAUUGCUUUGAAUUCCAAAGGGCUUGCAGAUCAAAGAAAGGCGAAUGGUCUCUAUGCACCUUUUUCACAAGCAUGUUUAAAGAGCCCCGGUGAGGCUUUUGUUAAAGCAGCAAAGAUGGAAACGGUCGAUGAUCUUCGAGGGAGUGCUGAAGCUUUGAUAUUGGGAAAGACCCCUCCAAUUGGUACCGGUUUCCAUUUUGAUAUUUUAUACUCUGGGAAGGGGCAUGAGCCACUAUCCAAAUCAACUGAUGUCUAUAGUCUGUUGAGUAGCAAUGCUACUCUUCGGAGGCAAUACGGGAUGGUCAACCCAAAAGGAAACAACGAAAUUCCUAUCAAGUCCCUUCCCCAACAUCUAUCCAAAGCCUUUUCUCUUGAUGACAUUAAGAAGCUCUCCCUGGCAUUGAAAAAUAUCUUGAGCGCCUAUCGCAUCAAUGAACCAUUGAGAGAAUCUGACAAAUCCGUUGUGAUGAAAGCCUUAAGCUUUCAUCCAAAAUGGGAAGAGAAAAUUGGGACAGGAGCCCAAGAAAUAAAGGUUGGGCAGCACGAGAAGCACCAAUCGCGCUGCUUUGUUGUGGAACGAUCAGAUGGAACAUCCGUGGACUUCUCGUACCACAAAUGCGUGCAGAAUGCUCUUGAGCUAGUCGCUCCCGAGAAGGCCAAGAGUUUCCGUUCGAGAUAGCCGGAAGGGAAGUUGUUGUAGUUUUGUAGUGCUAUUGGCUUCUCCAGUACAGAUUUUUGGGUUUAGGGGCCUGUAUGCUUCUUUUUGCUGCUCCCAUUGAAGCUUGUUUGCCUUGAAUUUUAUUUGGUAUAGGCAAAGGGGAUUUAAUGGAAGUAGCAACGAAAAGCUAUCAAUGGCCAUUUCCUUUUGUUGUUAUAUAGAUGCAUCUGUCAAUUGAUGUUUGUUGAUAGGGAAAGCUUUGUUGUAGUAAAAGAAUUAAUCUUUUAAUUGAAAAUUGUUGGCAUUUUAAAGUAAUAGUUUUGUCGGGAGUAUCAUCUCAAGUUAUUGGUCUCCCGCUUUUUGUUUC